GCUCGGUCUGGCGCUGCGGCUCGUUCACUUAACUCGCCUCAAAGCUCCGCUAACUCUAAAGACAGCUGGCUGUCGCUCUGCUAACGAACAUUAGCUGUGAAACCUUCACCAUGCCCAUCCUUAGUUAGCCUCGGCCGUAGCUAAUUCAAGCAGCCUACUUGCUUCAACUGCAGGAACUCAUUGAGCUGGUUGGCAGGGUUACUUCAACCGGAGUAAAAAGACCACGUGUUACUGGAGCUAAACCGUAGCCUGUAGUUACAGUCUCACUGUGUUUAGCCUGUGUGUCGGUGUAACGGUUAACUUUGCUAACAUAGCAAGCUGAAGGUCCAGUGUCACCUUAAUUUACCUUAAGUCACGUUUAAGUUCCCGUCAUUUUAAUCGCGAGCUCGUUUGGCUGUGUGACAACGUUUCCAUGCUAUCAUGAUGCCAUUCCAGGUUGUUGUUUUCGUAAUAAAUGUCACACCAUGAGUUAUCCAGACUUACCCUACGUAGAAGUAGGGUAAGUGAAGGUCAAGUACCUGAUUUUGCUGUCAAAUAUGUCAAACUGCCUUGAGAUUUACAACCAGAAGUAUGACGUCACCUCCAUUCAUUUCUAAAAUGUUGCGAUACUAUGUAGUAUAGUUGCAAAGUAUGCUUUUGUGGGCAAUCCAAGCAGAUGUUACAAAUGGUAAAGUGUGUGUGUGUGUGUGUGUAGCAGAUUUUAAUUUAUUUGGAGCUCUUUAAAACAAACAUCUCAACUGGUUUAAAGUCAUACCUCAGGCUCAAAUGACUGAGUUCCAAUUGUUGGACCAGACUUAGUAAUACAGAUCACAUGAGUUCAUAAACAGAGAAAUCCCUCCUAACUUCAGCACUUUUUAUCCAGCACAACUCGAAAAAACAAAUGUUCUUCAUCAAUGAGUUCCCAUUUGAGGUUGAAGCCCAACGUUGAAGUUCAUGUUCAGAAACUGAAUUAAAUGAUUGUCUAGUUUUAAGCUUGUUAAAAAUUGGCUUGUGUCUGCAGAGAAACUGUUGGUUUGAAUGUGAACUUUGCCCCUGCAAUCCCUCUCUUCGGCUCAGCUGUAACAAUCUAGUGUUUUGAUAAUUUGGCAUGCUGCACUAAUAAUAAUCUUUAUGGCACAGACAACCUUUUUAACAUACUGGAUGAAAAAAAACCCAUUAUAUCCUCUUUGUUUCCAUGUCAUCUUCUUUCCUAAUUAACCCAUGAGCCUCUGUUACACAAACCACUGCUGCUAUUUCCUCUUGAACGUUUACGCAAGCAACGUGCGUGUGAGGGUGUGAGAAAUGUCCAGUUUGGUUAGUUAAUUAAUUGGUAUCUCAUAACAAGCUUGAGGUUAAUUUGGCAGAAUGUCAGCUACGUGUAACAAUGGUAUCUUGUGCUAAAGCCUAGAGGCGGAUCUUAUCACUGUUGUGCACAUUUGGAAUCGGCCUCGCUCAGUAAAGGGUGUGUGUAUGCCGUUGCUCUUCUGUUGUGUUGAUUAGUAAACUGCCACUUGGCCAGCACCGCUGAAGACGGGUAAUAGAUGGGGUGUUUCCUUUUUUGGUAUUAUGCUUCAAUGAUCUUAUUAAGUGGACAAUGAUAUAGAUGACAUAUGUAUAUGCAGACAAUGUUUAAUUUAGUCCUAUUAUUUGAUGUUUCACAUGAGUACUGUAGAAAAAAGUAAAUCAUAAAUAAAGAAAACAUAUUCUGUUGAGGAUUUAAUGAUGAUCUAAUCUGCUUGCUUGGUCUAACGUUAGACCUGAAACUGUUGGACUAAUAGUUCUUCACUACAUUUCAUCUUCUGUCUUUACAGUUCCUCAAAGUUUCAUGUUAGACCACAACUUUCUUAACAUCCUUAUUUGAACACACUUAAUGUUGUUAAGUCAGCAUUUUGGUUCACUUUUUAUUGCUACACCCUCUUAGUGCAGUCCGUAUGAUGGUAAAUUGUUUUACAAAAGUAUGAUUGUUUCCAUUGGACACACGCAUAUUUGUUGCAUAGGACAGACGUCACCACAAUGUAUCCACUUUGUCACGCAUUGUUGAUAUAGCUCAACUUUUUUUGAGGCUAAUACUGUUAUCAGUAUUGGAGAGUUAAGUCUGAUCAUGAUAUAUGUAUGGGCCAGGCCAAUAGUACUUUUGUUCAUACACUUUGAGUAUUAGGCUUUAAGUACAUGAGAUGUAUUUUAUCAUCAAGUAUAUAGUUAUCACUAUAAAAGAUGUGAUACAGUUUGAACUGCCUGAGGCUUUCUUUCUACUCGCACAGAAUAAUUUACCCUUCAGAUUAUCUUGAGAACAAACUGAUAUUGUAAGCAGUGAAACAAUUGUAUCUAUCCAUUGGCCUGAAUAGAGAAAGAAAAAUCUUAAAAUAUAAACUGUGCUACUAAGUUCUGUGUGCCCCAAGUAGCAACAUCUUUAUCAAACGGAAAUGAAAUUGAUAUUGUAUUGUUAAUCCAAAGGAAGGAAACAUGCUGAAGAAGAUAGACGUAGCCUAUCUCUUGAGCCAGCCCCAGAUCUCUUUGCAAGUAAAACAUGCUUUGUGGUGUCCGGAUAACUUGGCAUGGUCGCGUCAAACAAAGAGCUGCCACAGCCUCCCACACCAGUCUCGGGGGAGACACCCAUCACUCAGUCAGUACCUCACUGCUGCCAAGUACACUUCAUGUCAGAACAAUGUGACGGCAUGAGUGGGAACAGUGCAUCAAUACUCAUUGGGCUUACAGACAAGGAUGCAGUGCCUGCAGCCGGAUCCAAAUGCACAGUACAGGAGUGUGUAUCAGGCUCUGAAAAGGAUCAUCCAGACAGAGGGGAUCUUCAGACCGCUGAGGGGCCUCAACAUCACCAUGAUGGGAGCGGGACCCGCACAUGCGCUCUACUUUGCCUGCUAUGAACGGGUCAAACAUUCACUAAGUGACGUCAUUCAGAGUGGAGGCAACAGCCAUUUAGCCAAUGGUUUGGCUGGUAGUGUGGCCACUGUUCUCCAUGAUGCAGUCAUGAACCCAGCUGAAGUGGUAAAGCAGAGGAUGCAAAUGUACAACUCGCCAUAUCGAGGACUUUUGGACUGUCUCCAAACAAUAACGCGUACUGAGGGUUUGGGAGCCUUUUACCGGAGCUACAGCACACAGCUGACGAUGAACAUCCCUUUCCAGGCCGUUCACUUCAUCACCUACGAGCUGAUGCAGGAACAGUUAAACCCCCACAGACUUUAUCACCCUGGCAGCCACAUAAUGUCGGGAGCAGCAGCGGGAGCCAUUUCUGCAGCAAUAACCACUCCACUUGACGUUUGUAAAACUCUGCUUAACACACAAGAGAAUGUAGCGCUGAACUCCAUGAACAUCAGCGGCCAUUUAUCGGGAAUGGCCAAUACCUUCAGGACAGUGUACCGGCUAGGUGGUCUCGCUGCCUUUUUUAAAGGGGCCCAAGCUCGGAUUAUAUACCAGAUGCCCUCCACUGCCAUCGCCUGGUCAGUGUACGAGUUCUUCAAGUACUUCCUGACGAAGCAGCAGUUUGACCAGGAUGCAGGACCUCGAGCGAUGUAAUGGAAAGUGUGUUUGCGCAAACCACACCACUACUGGAGCUGAUGGAAGAAGACUCCAACCUGAAGCUGUGAGCUCACUUUGUGCUUUUCGGUGAAACGACAUCAGUUAUUGUGUCACAGGGAAGUCGUCGUGGUGACAAUGGCUUUCCUUAUUGUUCACUCACCUAAAUCUGUGUGUGUGUUUUCAAUUUUCUAUUGUUAAAAGGACAGAUACAGGUGGAAGAGUUGAAGGGCCAUCUUCUUCCUGCUCCACCCCACAAACGCAUGCACCACAACUCUCCAAACUCUCUUUUCUGCAUGUGGAGGCCGUAGAAUUGAGUUGUCUUGAAUCAUGUUCAUAGAUCUUAAUGUUGGAACUUUUUAUUUAUUUUGUUAAAUUUCAGAGGCUUAUAUUUUACGGAUGUGGAGGAAACGCAAUGCUGAUUGUUGGUUUAUUUCACUGUGUAUUUAUAUUAAAAAAGACAUCACAACACAUUCCUCAUUUUUCACUCAAUUGUUCACAACAGUUGCCUCCAUAAGUAUUAAACACCGCUUCACAGUUUUUUUCUUUUUGCCCUCUGGUUUUUUACACAAUCUUAAUUUUUUCUAGCAGAGUUCUUGUAAAGAGGGGUUUUAUUCUGAUAUAAGAUUAACUUAGUGGGUGUUUGGCAUAUCUGAGGUCAAAGUUGAACUUGCGUGAUUGAGUUUUAUUUUUUAUUUGUAGUAUUGUCUCCACAACACACUGGCAAAAGCCAGUCUGUAGCACUUCUAUUUUUGUGUUAUAUCAUUUUGCUUUUAAAUACAAAAUACCAUAUUUUCUUUCUGAGAGACCCUCCGCUCUCAGCAUAAAUGUGCGUAGGCAGUACUAGUCCAGUUAUUUGCCUUGUUAAACCCAACGUUGCUCCUGAAUCAUGCACAAUAACAGUCCCAUUUAAAGAAUCAUACCUGUUGUUGAAAGACGGCAGCUUGUUUAUAUGUAUCCGGCUGAGGGUGAGACUAUUUUUGAGAAACUUCAUUCUACGAGUCCAAAGGGGAUCAAAUAUAGAUAUUACUUGGGACGUUGUCCACGUCUCAACCUCAACGUUCAUUUGUACUGGUGUGAUGUUUUGACCUUGAGUGGCCUGUUUUGUUUCUGUGUGUCAUAUUGAUCUUGAACCUAAAGGUUGUAGAUUAUAAAUAAACAAUUUUUUUACAGUAUGCCUAAGUGCAGACUUUCUGUGAUCCAAGAUGUAACUUUAAUUUAAUUUUUAAACCGGGUGAUCUCUUUGUUAUGAGACCAGUAACAGUCUGAUCAGCUGGUGAGCAGGCAAUGCUAUUUCUUUUAUUGUCACUCAUCCUGUUGUAUUUUCACAUUUCCUGUGUGCUCACUGCUCUCUGCAACCUCUUACAUAUUUUCCUUUCAGUAGUCCAGACAUUCCUCCAGAUAUUGAUGUUAUCCAGCAAGCUGUUACAUUUAUUUAUUUUUAAUUAUGGAGUUUUCUUUCUUUUCUUUGGUAAAGUUCAGAGAGUUCAUCAGAUUCCAGUGGUCACACACCCUCAGCAGAUUCUGUGUGCUCGUACAGUGGGAUAAUUGUUACUAUACCAAAGACAUGCUUUAUAUUCUAUGCAUCCUACUUUUAACCUGUAAUUAUACAAGUGUUUGCCUGCCUGCUUGAAAUGUCAUGCCACCUUUUGUGCCCCAUAGUUUCCAAUCAGAGUAGUGUGCAAUUGGCAUUUAAAAUCCUCCCGAGGCUUAUUGUCAAAAAAGCAUUUUCUUCCUCAUCCAUUUUCCUUAAAAAAAUAUUUCAUUGAAUGUACUUGAGAAAAAGCACUUGAAAAGUGUAUGUUAUUCUGGAAGGUUUUCAAUAUGUUUGGACAUUUUCAUGGUGACCUAUUUAUUUUUGUUUGUUUAACUUCUUUUUAGACUAACUACUUGUUUGGAAGUCAGUUGUACAAGUGAUUUCGAUCUCUCAUGAAUGAGUUGUUUUCUGAGCUUGAAUAUGAAUGUGUCUCAAUUAGCAUAGAUUCAUGAUAUCAGAUUCAGCCAAGUGUAAUUACAGUGUGCUGAGUUUGAUUCCUCUGGGGCUACUGACAAAUCUCCACUUCUAAUAAGUUAAUCAUUUUAUAAACAAAAGUAAAAUACAGUCAGAUUAUUUUUUUAUUCAUUGCAUUAUAAUUGCAACCAGCACUGCUUUUCCUCCCCCUUCAUUCCUUUAUAAUGUUGAUUCAUAAUCACAAAAUUUGUCCAAGUACUUUUAAUGUGUUUCUAAUAGAUGGCUUACAUGUUAAAGGGGACAGGAGAGCUGAUAUUCUAGAUGGGGAUUUUCAUUAUGUAGUUUAAGUACACCCAAAUAAUUGAAAUGAGAGCUGGGAUGUUUUUUGAGAGAGACCCAUCUCCAGAACAGGAAUGCUGGGAAGAAUCACCAUGCAAAUAUGAAAUGAUUGUCAUAAUGCUGCUACAGUAUGUAACACUGGAGCUAAAAUAAACAUGCAAUUGAAGAA